CGAAAACGAGAAUCUUAUUGUCCUCCAUGUUGAUUUUUCAUAAAUAGUAACAGCUUAAUUUUCGGACGGUUUUCCCUAGGUUUCGGUAGGUUUCAGUAUAUAAGUGUAGUGCCUUUUAUAUGACAGUGGUCGUGGGUUCUGUGUUGUACUUGUAUGUCUUAUCUCUGUAAGAAAAAAUUCCAGCACGGGGGAAGAGGGAAUGAAACAAACUUGAGACAGACGAAAUAUCUACCUCUCUAUUGAUCUUCCUGACACGUAUUUGCUUAUGCUCGUAUGAUAUUGAUGUUAAUAAACUUAAGUGAUUAUGUACCGGUGUGUACUUACAACGAUCGCAAGAGAGAGAAGUAGAACGAAUAUAGCAUCAAAUUAAAUAUGUUUAGUAAUAAAAAGAACAAUUUACCACCGAGACCUCAUAUUCCGGAUUCUGAACAUAUAUUAGAAGACCUUAAUAAUGCUCCUAUAGGUGACAUAGCAUUUAAAAUAAUUAAUAAAGAUAAAGCUUUUGGAGAACAUUCAAUAAACACAAAUACUUCUGAUACCUAUCAAAAGGUGAAGAUGUAUUUAAGUAUAAAACAACAGUUAAGAUAUUUGGAAACUACUCUUGCAGAAAGGGAACAACAGCUGAAAGCUGAUAACGAAGAAAUAAGGAAACUUGCAGACAAUAUUAAAAAACAAGCACAAGCUGCAUUAAUAACAUAAAUUUUUUAUAUUUAUAAAUUCUACUGAAAACAACUGAUUAAUCCUUCAUAUGAAAAAAUUUUAAUAUAUAAUCAUUAUCAAUUUCAUAUUGUUUUAAUUAUUAAUGUCAUGUAUUAAAAAUUAGCUAAUUAUGCAAAAUAAUACUUAUCAUAAUACAUAUAUUUAUAUUUUAAUUUAUA